AUGGGAAGUCGUGCAAAGGAGGGAUUGUGGAUUAUAGUGGAUGAAGAGGUAGAUAAGAAGGUCAGCAACUGGAACCCAAUAAACUCUAGAAUUAUGAUAAUGGAUCUAGAAAUGCAGCAACAAGUAUCUAGAGUACAAGUAUACGCACCAACCGAAGAUGCAGAUAUAAUAGAAAAAGAUCAAUUCUUUACUGAUCUCCAAAGAGUUGCAAAUGAUAUAGCAGAGAGCAGAAGAAAAAUUUUGAUAAUGGGAGACCUAAGUAGCUGGGUAGGAAACGUUGUAAGAACUGGACAUGGAGCUAUAGGCAAAUAUAAUGGAGAAAAGAUAAGAAAUGAAAAUGCAAAAAGACUUAUUGAGUUCUGUAUACACAACAACUUGAUUAAUGGAAAUACUUUCUAUAUCCAUAAGAACAUACACAAAAUCACAUUUGAGGGUCAAGGUGUGAGAAGCUAG